CCUAUGCUGCUGUGGUUGUAUUUAGGAAAUUAACACCAUAUGAAAAACCAGACUCCAGUGAUCUCUACUCCACACCCCGGACCUUGGGGAUCUCUAAUGAAUUACCCAUCGUUGCAUGCUACUGGUUUGAAAAUGACUGUAAGCAACAACUGUGUGACUGUGAGGAAAACAAGAAGUCUGUGAAGAAGCUUGUUCGCUUAAUAAAAGGAGAGCUGCAAACAGAGAGGAAGAACAAAAUGGCACAUGUUCAAACCAGAGAGUUUAAAGUGUAUGAACAUGGAGGACGAAAUACAGAGAUCUGUAAACAAUUUACAAGGAAGAUUGAAGAAAAAGGAACUUGUAAAGUAUCAGUUCGCACUGACAUUCCGUCUUUUCUGUAUGUUCAUGAAGUUACCCGGGUUUUUCAUGACAUUAAGAGUGCACUGAAUAGUGCUGAAAAUAUCAAUUCCUUUGCUGCUGUGGUUGUAUUUAGGAAAUUAACACCAUAUGAAAAACCAGACUCCAGUGAUCUCUACUCCACACCCCUGCCCUUGGGGAUCCCUAAUGAAUUACCCAUCGUUGCAUGCUACUGGUUUGAAAAUGACUGUAAGCAACAACUGUGUGACUGCAAGGAAAACGAGACGUCUGUGAAGAAGCUUGUUCGCUUAAUAAAAGGAGAGCUGCAAACAGACACGGCCAGCAGGUCCCCCGGCUUCAUCUCACGCUUCUUGGGCUUCCUGGGAGUGAACCUGAACAGACUACAGCCGGGACAAGAGUCGGGACCAGAGCCGGGACCAGAGCCGGGACCAGAGUCGGGACAAGAGUCGGGACCAGAGUCGGGACCAGAGCCGGGACCAGAGCCGGGACCAGAGUCGGGACCAGAGCCGGGACAAGAGUCGGGACCAGAGCCGGGACAAGAGCCGGGACCAGAGCCGGGACAAGAGUCGGGACCAGAGCCGGGACAAGAGCCGGGACCAGAGCCGGGACAAGAGCCGGGACCAGAGCCGGGACCAGAGUCGGGACCAGAGCCGGGACCAGAGCCGGGACCAGAGUCGGGACCAGAGCCGGGACCAGAGCCGGGACAAGAGUCGGGACAAGAGUCGGGACCAGAGCCGGGACAAGAGUCGGGACCAGAGCCGGGACAAAUGUCGGGACAAAAGUCGGGACCAGAGCCCGUACAAAAGUCAAGUCCAGAGCCGGGACAAAAGUCAAGUCCAGAGCCGGGACAAAAGUCGGGACCAGAGCCCAGACAAAAGUUGGGACAAAAGUCAGGACCAGAGCCGGGACAAGAGUCGGGACCAGAGCUGGGACAAAAGUCGGGACCAGAGCCGGGACAAAAGUCGGGACCAGAGCCGGGAGAAAAGUCGGGACAAGAGUCAGGACCAGAGCCGGGACAAAUGUCGGGACAAAAGUCGGGACCAGAGCCCGGACAAAAGUCGGGACAAGAGUCGGGACCAGAGCCGGGACAAAUGUCGGGACAAAAGUCGGGACCAGAGCCGGGACAAAAGUCGGGAUCAGAGCCGGGACCAAAGUCGUAAAAAGAAAUAAAAAACCACCAACCACACUAAGAAAUCUAGCAGCGCUCUGGAAGAUGCCAUCUACUAGUCAGGUCUCAAUCCCUCCCCACUGCUCCCACUCCCACUGUGCCUAUUUGUAUCACCUGUCCUGCUAUGACUGCCUCUCCCAUCCCUGAUCUGUUCUCUCGCUCUCAUCCUCUGCCCUCUCUGCCACUGCUCCUCCAACCCCUCUAACCUCAUCCCUCUGUCUCUCCCCCUCCCCCCUUGCACUCUCUCUGGUGCACUCUGGAACUGUCACUUCUGCUAACAAAGCUGAUUUCAUCUCUGCCUUUGCCUUCCACCUCUCUCUCGAUUUCCUUGUUCUCACUGAAACCUGGCUGUCCCCUGAUAACACUAACUCCUGCUACCGUCCUCUCUCUACAUCCUGUCCCAUACCCCGCGUCUCACUGGAGAGGGAGGUGGGACUGGUCUUCUCCUCUCUCCCUCCUUACUCUUUUCUGUCCCCUCCGACCUCUCCUCACUCUCUGUUAAUACCUUUGAAUUUCAUGCCGUCCAACUAACCUCUCCCUGUCAACUCCUGCUAAUUGUACUGUACCAUCCCCCUGGACCUCUCGCUCACUUUCGAUGAACUCUACUAUCUCCUCUCCUCCCUCCCCUCUCUCUACCCCAACUGUCCUGUUAGGUGAUUUCAAUAUUCAUCUCUCCAACCCCAGCCACUCCGCCGGAUUACACCCUUCACUCCUUUGACUUCUCUCUAUCUCUCCAUCCCCUCCUACCCACAAAGCUGGCCAUCAACUGGACCUCACCUUCUCCAGGGCCUGCUGCCCUUCCACCCUCUCUGUCACCCCCUGGACCUCUGAUCACUAUUUCAUCUCUUUAUCUCUGUCUCUCCCCUAUCUCCCUGCUCCUCCUACCCCCACUCUCACCUCUAGGCGUAACCUCCGCUCUCUCCCCCUCUGUCCUUGCCUCCACUGCUCUCUCUCACCUCCCUCCUAUUGACUCCUUCUGCCAACUCUCUGUAGACUGCUACCUCCAUGCUCUUCUCCUCCCUCACCUCCCUCUGUCCCCUCACCUCCCGACCUGCUCGCCCCUGCCCUCCAACCCUGGCUCUCCUCUGUGCUCCGCUCAGCAAGAACCACACUGCAAUCUGCUGAAAAGAAAUGGAAGAGAACCAAACUCCCUGCUGCCCUAGACCUCUACCACUCUCUCCUCCUCUACUCUCUCCUCUGCUAAAUGUUCUUAUUUCCAAUCUGUUAUCCAAGCCUCCACUAACAACCCAAAUAAACUAUUCUCUACCUUUCCUUCCUCCUUAACCCUCCCUUCUCCAUCCUAUCUCCUCUGAUGACUUUGCCUCUUUCUUCUCUUCGAAAAUCCACGAACUGUAACACCUCUCCCUCCCCCCCACCCCCUCCUGCUCCAACCCCUACACCCACUACAUCCCCUACUAACUCGCCCUCCUUCUCCACCUUUCAGACUCUGACCUCUCCUCCCUGCUCCAGGGUCACAAACCCACCACGUGUGCCCUGGACCCCCUCCCCACUCACCUCUUUCAAGCUGCUGCUCCUGCUGUACUUCCCUUCAUCUCCUCCCUUCUCAACACCUCUCUCCUUUCUGGUCUCUUUCCCUCUGCCUUCAAACAAGCCUCUAUCACUCCCCUCCUCAAAAACCUACCUUUGACCCUACCUCCCUCCAGAGCUACCGUCUUGUCUCCCGCCUACCCUUCCUCUCCAAAACCCUCGAGCGAGCUGUACACCGCCAGCUCUCUGCUUUCCUGUGCAACCACUCUCUGCUUGACCCUCUCCAAUCUGGCUUCCACUCUGCUCACUCCACUGAAACCGCCCUCCUGUCUGUCAAUAACUCACUAAACUCUACACGGAGCUGCCUCUCUCUCUCCUCUGUCCUAAUUCUCCUCGACCUCUCUGCUGCCUUUGACACUGGUCGAUCACUCUAUUCUACUAUCCUUUCUCGCUGACCUGGGAAUCUCUGGCACUGCUCUGGCCUGGUUUUCCUCCUACCGCAUUUACCAGUAAACCUGGCAUGGAGCAACCUCCACACCUCGCCCUCUUUCAACUGGAGUCCCCCAAGUGUCAGUCUUGGGUCCUCUCCUGUUCUCUCUCUACACCCGCUCCCUGGGCCCCCUCAUCGCAUCCUAUGGUUUCUCAUACCAUUUAUAUGCUGAUGAUGCUCAGAUUUUCCUUUCCUUCCCCACCUCUGACUCCAACAUCCCCUCCUGUAUCACUACUUGUCUGUCUGCUAUCUCCUCCUGGAUGCACUCGCAUCACCUCAAACUCAACCUCUCUAAAUUUGACCUCCUUUUCUUUCCCUCUUCCCCCUCCUCUGAUCUCUAUCUCUGUUCCUCUGGAAUCUACCACACUCUCUCCCUCCUCCUCAGCUAAGAACCUCAGAGUCACCCUGGACCCCUGCCUCUCUUAUUCCCAGCACUUCUCCACUCUGGCACGCACUUGCCGAUUCUUCCUGAGCAACAUACGAAGAAUCCGACCCUUCCUCACCAACUACGCCACCCAGCUCCUGGUCCAGGCCCUGGUACUCUCCCACCUAGACUACUGCAACUCCCUUCUGGAUGGCCACCCUGCGUCCGCCACCCGUCCACUCCAGCUCAUCCAGAACUCCACUGCUCGCCUGGUAUUCUCUCUGUCUCGCUUCUCCCAUGCAACUCCAUUGCUCUGCUCACUCCACUGGCUCCCGAUCACCGCUCGCAUCCAGUUCAAGACUCUUGUAUCUCGCCUACAGAUGCCUUGACCAGACUGCACCCAGCUACCUCCAGACCCUCAUCUCUCCCUACACCCCCACUCAGAGCUCGCUCCUUCUCCACCCUCGCCCCACAGUGGUGGAAUGACCUUCCUACAGAUGUCAGGACUGCCCAGUCCCUGACCACCUUCCGGCGCCUCCUCAAGACUCACCUCUUCAGAUAGCACCUGUAGAACUCCUCUUUUUCCUCUGGACACUUAUCACUCUUCCUUAAAUGCGCUUGCUCUUAUCUGCUCCCUAUUUUACUGCAUUUAAUCCUGUACUUUACAGUACUGUAAUCUGUAAGUUAUUUAAUCUGUAGUAUUUUGUAUUUAAUUAUAUCCUGAUGUAACUUUCACUGACACUGUUAUCUGCUCCGUUAUUGAAUUGUAUUUUGUAAUAUACUUGUACUUGCUAGAACCGAAGUCAUUGUAUUUUAUCUUGCUCUUAAUUGUAUUAAUACUUGUACUGUAAUUCUUGAAAUGUAUUUGUUUACAACUGUAAGUUGCCCUGGAUAAGUGAGUCUGCUAAGAAAUAAAUAAUAAUAAAUAAUAAUAAUAAAGGCUUCCACAACAAAUAUUCUUAUUUCGGGCAAUGUGGGUUCCGGAAAGUCAAGCUUUCUAAAUUCUGUGCUCUCAGCACUCAGGAGAGAAAAAUUCAAUGGCAGAGUGCAAAGCAUUGAAGCAGUGAGAACAAGCGUCACACAACAUGUACAUUUUUUAAUUCCACACCUCCUACAGUAACAGCAGAGAAAAAAGCAGCAAGUGCAGAUGAGGUUCAGGUGCUUUAAGCCGAGGGGACACUAGUCUACAUGUUGCUAGAAAAAUGUAGAAAGGGAGAUAUUUUUUGGAGAAAGUGACGUAGAAGUUACAAUUUCA